AUGGAAGAAAUCAAUGUCAAAACGGGUAAAUAUUCGAGCCGUCUCUCUGUUAUCGAGAGGGAGUGGCAGAACUUAAACGUCAACCGCGCAGAAUCACUCAAGGAUAGCGCUACGAAGCUCGCUUCUUUGGUGAUUCGCGUGACAAUUAGACCGAUGGAAGAUCGCCAACCAGACAAAGAGCGACGAUCUUCGGGAACAUUCAAACGCCUCUUUUCAAAGAGUGAAAGGAGAGCAUCACUUCGCACUCCUCCAGAUUCUCGCGGGUCCCCAAUACCUGCUACUAUACCGGAAGGCAAUGAACCACAGAGCCCUGUCAACUGGACAGAUAGUUUCUAUCCUGUCACAACCGCCCUUGAACCUGGAAAUAGCUUCAGUAAUAUUGGAACACCAAUAUUCGCUCCACUUAAAGCCACUUGUGAUGCCAUCCAAGCACUCGAAAUGCGCCAGAGCAGUGAAGAAUUUCAAGAUCUUAUCGAUAAACUUAACGAACACCUAGUCUCCUUGGAGGAACAAAGCAAUAUCUCGUCAAGUCAGGAUUAUGUCAUGGAACCACAAUUACAUGAAAUCGGCCACAAACUCGAAGAACUCCGAGGAGGCGACAAGGGAGGCAUCAAGAAAACUAUCAAGAAAAUUACGACAGCUCGGUCAACACAAGACAGUCUCAAAAUUGCCAUCACUGCUUUGAUCCAGACUCAGACAGAGGAACUGGCCGCGCGUCAAGCAUUCCACUCCGCAAUCAGUAAGCUACCAGAUGUAUUCCCGAUCCGGCGUCACGAAAAGUGCUUGAAAGGCACUCGCACUGCUGCUCUUGACGAAAUACGAAGCUGGGCCGUUGAUCCAAAAUCCAAACCAGUUUUCGCACUAGUAGACCAAGCUGGCACUGGAAAGUCAACCAUUGCCGCAAGCAUGGUCGACGAAUGGUCGAAAUCCUGGAGAAUGGGUGCCCAAUUUCACUUUAACAAGCCAGCUAUCGUGACAGCCGAGAGCCUAGCCACCACUCUUUGCAAGGGUAUCGCCGAAAAAAUCCCCGAGAUACGCGGUCGGAUCACCGCUGCCAUCAAUGUCCACUCAGAGUUCAUGCAAGACCCAAUUUCUGCUCAACUUGAAUGGCUCGUCUUCACUCCUUUAAGAGAAGAAAGAGACGACCUAGUAGCAACACUACACGCGAUUCGCAAAGAAAAGAUCGAGAAAGGUGCUAUGGAAGUACCAGAAGAACGACCUAGAUCCAAACGCGGUGACUCAAAUGUACAGGAGGCAGAAAGG